CAUUUUUGAAUUCAUCUAGUCAAGUAAACGCCUCUCUCUCUCUCUAAGAAUGCCGGCGACGGACCUCCUCCGCAUCUCUCUCUCCCCCCACCCCAACCUCACCUCCACCCGCCUCUCUCACUCCAAUGGACUCUUCCUUCAACGACGCCCCACCAAUUUCUCCCCCCGACCAAUCAACCGCAAAUCACCCAACAUCAUCCUCGCAAAGGCGGCACCACAGCUCCAACAGAAACUACAACCGCACGCCGAAACGCCGUCGUCCUCAGUCCUCCUCGACGUAACCGGCAUGAUGUGCGCCGGCUGCGCCUCCCGCGUCAGAUCAAUCCUCUCCUCCGACCACAGAGUCGACUCCGUGGCAGUCAACCUGCUGACCGCCACGGCCGCGGUUCGGUUGAGAGAAAUCGGGCGAAACGCGGUGGGGGAGGAACUGGCGAGGCGGCUGACGGAGUGCGGGUUUCCGACGGAGACUAGGGUUUCGGGGGCGGGGGUGGAGGAGAAGGUGAGGAAGUGGAAGGAGAUGGUGGGGAAGAAGGAGGAGUUGCUGGCGGAGAGCCGGAACCGGGUGGUUUUCGCUUGGACUCUGGUGGCGCUGUGUUGCGGGUCUCAUGCUUCUCAUGUUUUGCAUUCUCUUGGGAUUCAUGUUGCUCAUGGAUCAAUCUGGGAAGUACUUCAUAAUUCCUAUGUGAAAGGUGGUCUGGCUUUGGGGGCUUUACUGGGACCAGGACGAGACUUGCUUUUUGAUGGUAUAAGGUCACUCGUGAGGGGAUCACCAAAUAUGAAUUCUCUUGUGGGAUUUGGAUCAAUCGCUGCAUUUAUUAUUAGUGCGGUUUCACUUCUUAACCCGCAGCUUGAAUGGGAUGCAUCCUUCUUUGAUGAACCGGUAAUGCUUCUUGGUUUUGUGCUUCUUGGGCGUUCUUUGGAAGAAAAAGCCAGGAUUAAGGCAUCCAGUGAUAUGAAUGAACUCUUGUCAUUGAUAUCAACUAAGUCGCGACUUGUGAUUACCCCAUCAGAAAGUAACUCAUCUGCUCGUAGUGUUCUUUGCUCUGAUUCUAUUUGCAUUGAAGUCCCAACUGAUGAUAUUCGAGUUGGAGACUCAGUGUUGGUUUUGCCUGGAGAAACAAUACCUGUAGAUGGUAUUGUUCUCGCAGGACGAAGUGUGGUGGAUGAGUCCAUGCUCAGUGGAGAGUCGCUUCCUGUAUUUAAGGAAGAAGGCCUUAGGGUCUCAUCUGGAACAAUUAACUGGGAUGGUCCUUUGAGGAUUGAAGCCUCUUCGACUGGCUCCAACUCAACUAUAGCCAAGAUUGUUUCUAUGGUUGAGGAUGCUCAAGGCCAUGAAGCACCUAUACAACGGCUUGCAGAUACAAUUGCUGGGCCGUUUGUGUACACUGUGAUGACUUUAUCAGCUGUGACAUUUGCCUUCUGGUACUACUUCGGAACUCACAUCUUUCCAGAUGUAUUGCUUAAUGAUAUUGCUGGGCCUGAUGGAAAUUCUUUGCUCCUAAGCUUGAAGCUUUCUGUGGAUGUCUUGGUAGUCUCCUGUCCUUGUGCGCUGGGCCUUGCCACACCCACGGCAAUUCUAGUCGGCACCUCUCUUGGAGCAAAACAAGGACUGCUCAUCAGAGGAGGUGAUGUACUGGAACACUUGGCUGGCGUUGAUUUUGUCGCUUUAGACAAGACUGGCACCCUCACGGAAGGUAAACCUUCUGUGUCUGCUUUGGCAACUCUGGUUCACGAUGAAUCAGAAAUGCUCCGUAUCGCUGCUGCGGUUGAGAGAACAGCAUCACAUCCAAUUGCAAAGGCUAUUGUAACGAAAGCAGAGUUAUUAAAUUUGAAUAUCCCCAGUACAAAAGGACAGUUAACAGAACCGGGUUUUGGAUCAUUAGCAGAAGUAGAUGGACUUUUGGUUGCAGUGGGUUCUAUGCAAUGGGUUCAUGAACGUUUCCAGCAAAAAGCAAACAUGCCCGAGCUAAUGAGUCUGGAACAGGCUUUGAUGCAUCAACCUUCGGACCGUAACUCAUCAGACUAUUCAAAUAUGGUAGUUUAUGUUGGACGUGAAGAGGAGGGCAUCAUAGGUGCUAUUGCAAUAUCUGAUAGUCUACGUCAUGAUGCUUUAUCUACUAUAAACAGGCUUUGUCGCAAGGGAAUUCAAACAGUUCUCUUAUCAGGAGACAGGGAAGAGGCAGUCGCAAGUAUAGCCAAGACAGUUGGAAUAGGAAGUGAAUUUGUCCAUGCAUCCAUGACUCCACAGCAGAAAACUGGUGUCAUAUCAACUUUACAAGCUUCAGGUCAUCGUGUGGCUAUGGUGGGUGAUGGCAUUAACGAUGCACCGUCUUUGGCCCAUGCCGAUGUUGGGAUUGCUUUGCAAAUUGACGCUCAAGAAAAUGCUGCAUCAAAUACAGCAUCCAUCAUUCUACUUGGAAACAAACUUUCACAGGUGGUAGAUGCAAUGGAUCUUGCCCAAGCAACAAUGAGGAAAGUUCAUCAAAAUUUGUCAUGGGCUGUAGCAUAUAAUGUUGUGGCCAUCCCCAUUGCAGCUGGUUUGCUACUUCCCCAAUUUGAUUUUGCGAUGACACCUUCUCUUUCAGGUGGGUUGAUGGCAUUGAGCUCAAUAUUUGUCGUUUCCAACUCACUGCUCCUGCAGCUCCAUGGUUCUCAGAGGAACAAAAGAAAAGAGUUGAGGUCGCAAACCACCCCCCUCAAAUUCGAGGCGAAAAUCUAAAAACGUUUGCUUAUAAACAACAUACAAAUCCUUGUUAAUUUUGAGGCUACCUCUGUUGAUAGAGUGAGAAACUCGUGAGGUGGUAAUUUUUUUAGUUCACGUUAGAGUAUAUAUAGGAUCUUCGCGUUCAAGUAAUAAGAGAUGUUGAGAGUUGAAACUGUAUGAACUUUGAACAAAUUGGAUUGGGCAAGAAAUGUCAAAGGAAUGGGGCACAAAGUGAUGUUUCUAA